AUGGAUAAAAAUUUCCCAGUUAUCAGUACUCAGCCGGGGUCAAUAAUUUAUCGUGACUGGAACGAUGGAUUAUGUGGUUGUGGAAAUGACUGUCAUAUAUGUUGUUGUGUAUUCUUUUGUUAUUCGUGUCAAGUGUGUUUGAUGUAUCGAGAUUAUGGUGAAUGUUGUUGCGCACCACUAAUUGUACCGGCUGCUGAAUUUGUGCUUAGUACGCAGCAUCGAGGACGUCAACGAAUAAAAGGUGGUAUUGCAUCGGAUUGCUGUCAGUGGAUCUGGUGUUCUUCCUGUUAUGUGUGCAGACUUCGGAGGGAUAUGAAUUAUACGCUGAGUCAAUUAGGCACUUUAAAUUAA